GCCGGAAGCCCAGUGAGGCCGCUCUUUGCUCCUGCCUCGGUGGUGACGCUGUUUACCCUCAGGUUGUGGAGUCCUGGGUCGUGCAGCUGCUAGUGGUACAAGAGAUCUUAUCAUGGGGCACUCUUGAAGCAGUGCUAUAUCAGGGACUGUCCUCUCCUAAAUGCCAGCUUUUUUAGAAGCCUGCCUCGAGGUUAUGGCUGAUAUCCUGAACCCCAGUUCCCCGACUGAUGCUUCAGAGCCACUGUUUUCCUUUGGAGUUAUAGCAGAUAUUCAGUAUGCUGAUUUAGAAGAUGGAUACAAUUAUCAAAGAAGCAGGCGGAGGUACUACCGACACAGUCUUACUCACUUACAGGGUGCCAUUGAGGACUGGAACAAAGAAAGCAGCAUGCCCUGUUGUGUCCUGCAGCUGGGAGACAUCAUUGAUGGCUACAAUGCACAGUACAAAGUAUCAGAAAAAUCUCUAGAGGUUGUCAUGAACACAUUCCAAAUGCUUAAAGUUCCAGUGCACCACACAUGGGGAAACCAUGAAUUCUAUAACUUCAGCAGAGACUACUUAGCAAACUCUAAACUUAACAGCAAGUCUCUACAAGACCAGAUCUUACAGCAUCCUGAGACCACACCAUCAGAGGACUACUAUGCCUAUCACUUUGUCCCAUUCCCUAAAUUCCGGUUCAUUUUACUUGACUCUUAUGACCUGAGUGUUUUGGGCAUAGAUCAGUCUUCUCCAAAAUAUGAGCAGUGCAUGAAGAUGCUGCGGGAACACAACCCAAAUGUGGAGUUGAAUAGUCCCCAAGGACUUUCUGAGCCCCAGUAUGUCCAGUUUAAUGGAGGAUUCAGCCAAGAACAGCUGAACUGGUUGGACAAAGUGCUUACAUUCUCUGACACGAACCAAGAAAAGGUGGUGAUUGUGAGCCAUAUUCCCAUUUACCCAGACGCAUCUCCUGACACUGUGUGCCUGGCAUGGAACUACAUGGAUGCUCUGUCAAUCAUAUGGUCUCACAAGUGUGUGGUGUGUUUCCUUGCUGGUCACACACAUGACGGUGGCUACUCUGAAGAUCCUUUCGGUGUGCACCACGUCAACCUUGAAGGAGUUAUUGAAACAGCUCCGGACAGCCAGGCCUUCGGCACAGUUCAUGUCUACCCUGACAAAAUGCUACUGAAAGGGAGAGGCAGAGUUCCAGACAGAAUUAUGAAUUACAAAAGGGAACAAGCUUUUUUAGAAGCCUGCCUCGAGGUUAUGGCUGAUAUCCUGAACCCCAGUUCCCCGACUGAUGCUUCAGAGCCACUGUUUUCCUUUGGAGUUAUAGCAGAUAUUCAGUAUGCUGAUUUAGAAGAUGGAUACAAUUAUCAAAGAAGCAGGCGGAGGUACUACCGACACAGUCUUACUCACUUACAGGGUGCCAUUGAGGACUGGAACAAAGAAAGCAGCAUGCCCUGUUGUGUCCUGCAGCUGGGAGACAUCAUUGAUGGCUACAAUGCACAGUACAAAGUAUCAGAAAAAUCUCUAGAGGUUGUCAUGAACACAUUCCAAAUGCUUAAAGUUCCAGUGCACCACACAUGGGGAAACCAUGAAUUCUAUAACUUCAGCAGAGACUACUUAGCAAACUCUAAACUUAACAGCAAGUCUCUACAAGACCAGAUCUUACAGCAUCCUGAGACCACGCCAUCAGAGGACUACUAUGCCUAUCACUUUGUCCCAUUCCCUAAAUUCCGGUUCAUUUUACUUGACUCUUAUGACCUGAGUGUUUUGGGCAUAGACCAGUCUUCUCCAAAAUAUGAGCAGUGCAUGAAGAUGCUGCGGGAACACAACCCCAAUGUGGAGUUGAAUAGUCCCCAAGGACUUUCUGAGCCCCAGUAUGUCCAGUUUAAUGGAGGAUUCAGCCAAGAACAGCUGAACUGGUUGGACAAAGUGCUUACAUUCUCUGACACGAACCAAGAAAAGGUGGUGAUUGCCAUAUUCCCAUUUACCCAGACGCAUCUCCUGACACUGUGUGCCUGGCAUGGAACUACAUGGAUGCUCUGUCAAUCAUAUGGUCUCACAAGUGUGUGGUGUGUUUCCUUGCUGGUCACACACAUGACGGUGGCUACUCUGAAGAUCCUUUCGGUGUGCACCACGUCAACCUUGAAGGAGUUAUUGAAACAGCUCCGGACAGCCAGGCCUUCGGCACAGUUCAUGUCUACCCUGACAAAAUGCUACUGAAAGGGAGAGGCAGAGUUCCAGACAGAAUUAUGAAUUACAAAAGGGAAGAAGCUUUGUGUUUUUAGUGUCAUUAUCCUGUCUGCUUUGUAGAAAGAGAAUGACAUUGUUUUAGGUUUUGAUCCUUUCCAUAAAAGUUAAAUUCUCAGUCGCACUGUUAAGUAUUUUGUUUGUAUACAAAAUAUAUUUGCGCCUUGAGAAGGUGUGAGUGAAGAUAAAACUCAGAAAUGUUAUUUUUGGAUCAUACAUCCAGGUACUGAAAGCUAGGACUAAAAGUAUUAAACCAGGAAGGAGACUCAUGUGGGCAUACAGUCCUGAGAAGGGACUAUUUUUGGCCUAAAUUGAUUUGUUUUUUCUUUUGUUUUCUUUUCUUUCCUUUCCUUUUCUUUACUUUUCUUUCCCUUUCCUUUCUUUCCUUUCCUUUUCUUUCUUUAUAUUCUUUGCUUUGCUUUUCCUUCUUUUUUUUCUUUUUGUACAAUGAUAAUUUAUCUCCUAUUAGCUUUUCAGCUUAGCACAUGAAAGCCAAAAGCCAGGGCUUACCUGCUUACCCUGCUGUAUGAGUGGACUUUGGUCAUUUGUUUCAAAGUACUCAAACUUAGACAUAGGUGACAUUCCCAUUCUGUGAAAAACAGCUGAGAACUCAUUUCAGGUGCUGAGAUCAUUCAGACUUGCCUCCAUGAACCUCAAGACCGUCAUGGAAAGAGCAAUAGCUGGCCAGUAAGGUCACCAAGCGCAACCCCAGGCUGCCAGCAAAGAAAAUGAACUGAUAGUAUACAUGCACAUCUCAUUUGUACUGAAAUAAAACCAGAAACACUGAAGGAAAAGGAAGUUUAGGCUGAUAUGUUGGCAGUCUGAAACUAUGUAGACAAUGCCUUCAAAAAGUAAAAAUAUAAAUUAUUUCAUUCCAUUGGUAAGGACCCAAGGCAACUAUACUCUGGAAGUUAGUGACUUCCAUGCUCCUAUGAGCGUGCAAAGGGUACAAUGAAUAUGCCGGCCAGACUAGUCUUGAUCCAGGGAAUUAAAAUACUGAAUAUAUGUUCUGAACAUGACUCCUUUACACACUGAAAUCAAGCAUGAUGAGAGGAUCGGUAGGUCCCGUGUGGAGUUUCCAAAUGGAUUAGAUUCAUUAUGACUCAGUUCUAAAGACGUUACAAAGGCCAUAAAGACCAUGGAGGCUAAAGGGACAUUGGACAACUCUGAUUCUUAUCCUGUGUUUUAUUGACUCAACCUGUACUGUAAUUGCUUUAAUAUCAAUUUCAUUUUGUCUGUGACAAUCUGACUUCAGUAGCCUGUUUUCCAAAAUAAGUAUCCCUUUAAUAUUUACAGAGCACUCUUGUCUUAUAUAAAACUGUAUCUGACUCAUUUUUACUCUCGGCAUAGUGAGGAUGCAUUCUGAAGAAGCAUUUCUUAAAUCUUCUGAAAUGACAUCUUGGCUUGAUUACUUUCCUAUUGCUGUGACAAAACACCAUGACCAAGGCAACUUAGAAAAGAAAGUAUUUGAUUUGGGAUUUAUGGUUCUGGAACAUUGGUUCUCAACUUUCCUAAUGUCUCUACCCUAAUAGAGCUCCUCAUGUUGUGGUGACCCCCAACUGUAAGGUUAUUUCUGUUACUACUUUACAACUGUAAUUUUGCUACUGUUAUAAAUCUUAAUGUAAAUAUCUGAUAUGCAGAGGCCCUAGGUGGCCUCUGUGAAAGGGUUGUUUGACUCCCAGAGCGUUGUGACCCUCAGGUGGAGAGACUGCUGUUCCAGAGGGUUACAGUCCAUGAUGGCAGGACAAAGGCAUGGUGGCAGGAACAGCUGAGCGCUCACAUCGUGAUCUGAAGUGGGAGGCAGAGAGAGACACUGAAUGCCCUGCACCUUUUGAAGCCUCAAAUCUCAUCCCCAGCGACUGCUUCCUCCAGCAAAGCCACACACUCUAAGCUACCCAAGCAUCACUGCCAACUGGGGACCCAGUAGUCAGACAUGGGCCUUGGGGCAUUCUCAUGCUAACUACCACUCCUCUGGUUACAGAGUUUGAUUCCAGCCUGAUAAGCUCCCCAUACAGAUAUCUGACACAUGAUGUGAGCUACCUUAAAUAAUUAAUACUCAACCAAUCACACCUUUAAAAAUAAAUUCAAUAUAUUUUAUCUAGCCCGAUUUAUCUCAAAAUAUCUUUUCAGCAUACACUUAGUAUAAAAUACAUUGUUCUACUUUAAAUACGUUGUUCUGUGUUGUGUCUCUAAGGCCUAUUGUGUUUUGCACUGGAGCACAUCCCUCUGAACGCUACACUCUUGCAAAUAUUUCACCUGUUGAUUGUUGCUGUAAGGUAUUUAAUAACUAUUAAUUACUGUGACCCUGUCAGCCCCCUAAUAAUCAAAGACAGAGUCCAAAGAAUUUACUUAAUCAGCUUCAGCACAAUUACUGGGCAAUUACCCCUAAACUAUUUUUCAAUGCUAGACUGGCUAUUUCCCAGCUGUGCUCCCCAGGUUACUUGCCAGUAGUUGUCCGGUGCUUCUGAUCCAUCCCAUCAUAGUAACCUGCUCUCCCCUCCUCCUCCUUUACUUCUCCUUCUUUCUCUUCUUCUCCCCACUUCUUCAACUCCCAGACCAAUGGCAAGCCCUCCCACCUCUAUUCUCCCCAGCAAUUGGCUGUCAGCCAGUUUUCUUUAACCAGUCACAAAAGAUUGGCAAGCAAAGUUUACAUGACAUCAUUUGCUGUACAUGAAAUGAGGCAACCAGAUCUCAGGGGCCAGUAUUUAGUGUAUACACACACACACACACACACACACACACA